AUGGUGCAGAACAUCCUGCUAGGCCAUGUACUCGUCAACAGAGGAAGCUUGAUCAACCUCCUCUUUGCUGACACACUUGACACCCUGCAGAUUCUGAGAAGCUCGUUAAAGUCAUCUUCACCUUUCUUCAGUAUCACCCCGGGCUCCUCGGCCAAGCCGCUAGGACAAAUCGAGCUGCCUGCCACCUUCGGCUCACCCGACAACUUCAGAACCGAAAGGGUCCUUUUCGAUGUGGCCGACUUCGGGACUGCGUAUAACACGAUCCUCGAACGACCAGCGAUGGCCCAGUUUAUGGCCCUUGCUUACUACGCAUACCAGUUGAUCAAAAUCCCUGGGCCAGCAGGAGCCAUCACCAUUGCUGACAACACCAAAAUAGUCCUGCACUGCGAUAAGAGGAGCCUCGACAUGGUUGAACUGACUCCUGGGUCAUAG